ACACAUCCCAGAGGACGAGUUUGAAAACGCUGUCCAAAUAUGAAACGAGCAGUAGUUUACGAAGCCUCAAAGCCCUUGAGACUCACCGACUAUGCUAUUCCUACUCCCCCUUCCAAAGGAGCAGUUGUUAAGAUCACGUACUCUGGCGUGUGUCACUCAGACAUCAACUUUUGGGAAGGUUUUGAUAGUGGACCUGGUCUGAAGGAGGUAGCACCAGGACACGAAAUUGCUGGAGUCGUGGAAGCCCUUGGUGACAGUGCAGGGACAGAGUUGAAUGUCGGAGACAAUGUAGUGGUUUAUCCCUGGCUGAAAUGCUUGGAAUGCGCCCUGUGCGUCGGCUGGCGUCCCAACCUCUGUAACGACAUUAGAUAUAUGCUUGGAUGUAGUCAGCACGGAGGAUUUGCUACCCACGUGGUGGUUCCUAUCGUAGAGAGGACGGUGCUGAGAAUUCCCCGGGGUCUGACCCCUGAGGUCGCCUGUAUGCUCCCCUGUAGUGGAAUUACUACGUACAACGCUGUGUUGAACACACGGGAUACUCUGCUCGAUAUGGUUGGAUUGAGAGGCAAGGCAAAUCUGCUGGUAAUCGGAGCAGGUGGUUUGGGAUUAUGGUGCAUACAAUUUGCCAAACACAUUCUGCCGCCAGAGGUCAGUGUGUUCUCGGCCGAUAUCACGGAAGAGAAACUGAAGUUGGCUCAGGAUGCCAAUGCUGACGGUACGAUCUUAUGGACGAAAGGCGCCAAUGAGGAGGCGCUUCUUGCACAUACAAGAGAGAUCAGCGGCGUUGGGAAGAUCGGUUUCGACGCUGUUAUAGAUCUCGUUGGUUCAGAAGAUACUUCUAGGAGGGCAUACGAGCUACAGGCUGCAGGAGGUAUCCAAGUGACAGUCGGGCUGUUUGGCGGGAAAUUGACCCUGGACCUUCCAUCUCACACUUUUAGCAGCAAAUGUGUAAAGGGUGUACUAGUUGGGACACCGCAUCAUUUGGAGGAAGUCUUGAAGCUGGUGGCAGAGAAAAAGUUAAAACCUCCACCGACAGAGUUCUAUUCAUUGGAACAAAUCACAGACGUCCUCAAUCGCCUUAAAGACGGACAAAUCAAGGGACGAGCAAUACUGAAAAUGUGAAGAUUGACAUACUGUAUAAUAUUAUACAGGAGCCCAGUAAAACAUUGGCAAUCUUGACAUUCAUGUAUAUGAUUUCAUUGAAGUUGUAGGCCUCCAUGUGCUCAUUCUACAACCAUUAUAUCUGGUAGUAACGAUGUGUAAAUUAGAACUUUGUACUGCAUCUUCUUAUAUGCCCCCUCAUAAGUUCACCAUAGAUAUUUUUCGUUAUUUGUCAAACAAAUGGGCAUUUAUUCAUUCCUUUAAUUUGUUAAAUUUUGGUCUUAAAUAUUUUGAUUCCAAUUCUUCUGGAAAUUAAACAAUCUAAUUGUACGGAACAGAUUUUCUUAAAUUAAUUCGUGCUAUUGUAAACUUGGAAAUGCUUAUGGAGGAAAUAUAAUAACAAGACACAGGGUGACACACUUAUCAUUGCUCAAUCACCAAAAUUGCCCGUCAUCCAUUUUCCAAAACAACAUGGCGGCAUCACCUCAGUCCCUCGCCUUAUGAUGAGAGAAAAGUGGUUAUCAGAAUCGCUUUUAAUGCACCAGAAAAAAUAACCAAAGAGGGGGGGAUUGGUGGCACGGGGUAGAGAUAAACAUCCGACAAGCCCUCCAGGGGUUUCGGAGGUUCGAACGAACCGCCCUUUUGCCGGUAAAAGGUCCACUUUGGGUAAAAAUUUGACUUAGAUACACCAAGGUUUUAUAGAAAAAAAGCCCCUCCCCCUUCGAAUUUGCUGGCUACGGACCUGUGUCCCUUUCCCAGCCACCGCUAGUGAUGUACAUUACACAGUAUGUAACAAUGCUGUGUAUAUUAGGCAACAUGUCGUAUUUAACAUAAUAAAUGUCGGCCACGGUCAGGGAGAACUGACAUUAUACGGGCCGAUUCCGUAAUAAAACAGAGGCAAGAACAAGCGCACUUCGUGGUUCUUCAAAUUCUGCAAUUUAUAUUAAGUAACGAGUAGCGAUUUGCCAUCUUUAUAUUUGUAUAUUAUUGUAUAUUUUUC